AUGACCAUCUUACAAUUCCUUGCCAUCAUCGUUGGCUCAGUGUUGGUCGAGUGUCAAGUAGGAAAGGGCGUAUACGGCGCCGGUUAUGGGGGUAGAGUCGGGUAUGCUGGAGUAGUAGGAGUUGGACUCGUUGGUGUCGGCGGAUACAGGGGUGUUGGCGGGUAUGGCCCCAUUGCUAAGCCUGGAAUUGGUGGCUAUGGGGGUGGCGUCAUUGGAGGUGGCGGCAUCAAAGGAGGAUAUAAAGGCGGCGUCAUUGGAGGUGGCGGCAUCGUAGGAGGAUAUACAGGUGACGUCAUUAGAGGAGGAUAUAAAGGUGGCGUAAUUAGAGGAGGAUAUAAAGGUGGCAUCAUUAGAGGUGGCGGCAUCGUGGGAGGGUAUAAAGGUGGCGUCAUUGGCGGGGGCGUCAUCGGAGGAGGAGGCGUCAUAGGAGGAGGUGGUAUCAUAGAAGGAGGUGGCAUCAUAGGAGGAGGUGGUAUCGUAGGAGGAGGCGUUAUAGGAGGUGGCGCUAUAGGUGGAGUUGGUUUUCCUGGAGGAGCUGGUCUUAUUGGAGGUUAUGUACCCGUUCCAGAACCUCUCCCAAUGGUAGAACCUGUCCCCUUUAAGAGAAUCCUGCCCAGUAAGCCACUGAUUCCAGCGAGGGGUAAGCCAUAA